AAAUCUCCUAAAAAUGAAAAGAAUUCAAAUCGCGUUGAUGAAAAAAUCAAUUAUCGGCGAUUAUCGAUCCUGGAAAUAGACCAUAUGGAAAAAUCAACGUAGCAACAAUCCGUCAGUUUAGCGACACGUCAUUGAAUGUCAACGAUGUGUCCGUUUUGUAUUUUUCCAUGCGAUACCAGACUUGGUCAUCUGGUAUCUGUCUCGCGGCGAAGAGUCAGCGAUGACAGAUCUAAGUUGAGAUUGAGAAGAUACGUGAGUGAAAGUUUAUCGUUACAUUCUCUCUCGGACGUGUCGAAUUGAUCCGAUCGCGCGAAUCAAUUCGCGUCAACGUCAACAACAUCAUCAACAACGUGUCCCAAGCACGAAAACGGUAGUCCUGGCUCAAUCUUGGUGACUGACAGAUGCGUAUGUGACAUCGAGACGAGACGUAGGGUCUCUCGCUCAGAUAUUCUCCUCUUCAAGGUUGGCGCUAACUCGACUCGAGAUGUCCGACCAGAAGGUCGGCGAUCAAUACUCUACGUGGGUCGGACUCACGUACAUCUUCAAUCUCAUUGUUGGAACAGGCGCCCUGACCUUACCCGGGGUUUUCAGUCGAGCAGGAUGGGCCCUAGGAUGCAGCGUCAUUUUAGUGUUAGCGUUCAUCAGCUUCAUUACAGUUACCUUCGUCAUAGAAACGAUGGCAUCGGCUAAUGCUAUAGUCACAUGGAGGAAUAUUCAGCAUCGAAAACGCGCUUUACAGACAAUAGGUGAAUUCGGUCCUUCCAAUUCGGAUUCGGAGGAUACUCCACUGGUAGCAGCCUCUUCAACUAGUCCAGAGCAUAUGGAUAGGUCCUAUAGAUAUUACGUGAUUCGUGAUAAGAUAGAGAUGGGUCAGAUGGCAUCCAUCUUUUUCAACAGAUUUGGCACUAUCCUGUUCUAUUUAUGUUUCGCUAUAUAUUUAUAUGGAGAUUUAAGCAUUUAUGGAGCAGCUGUUGCAAAGUCGUUGGCGGAUGUUGCCUGUACUUAUCUGCCAGCAAACCUUACAUGCAACGACACGAUACCAGAUACUGAACUUUGUUGGGAGGGUUUUGUGAUCAAUCGAACGGAUGCAUAUAGAAUAUUUCUGACAACGUUUGUACUCUCAUUGGGACCGUUUGUGUUUUUUAAUGUUCAGAAGACCAAAUAUCUUCAGCUACUUACUUCGAUAAUGCGCUGGCUUGCAUUUACCAUAAUGAUUGUUUAUGCUUUGAAAAAUCUUAUCGUACAUGGUCCUCGGGGCGAUCCACCUAUUGCGAAUUUAGCUGGAGUUCCUAGUCUUUUCGGCGCCUGCGUUUAUUCAUUCAUGUGUCAUCAUUCGUUACCGGCACUGGUUUCACCGAUAGAAAACAAGUCUAAGCUGAAUCGAUUUCUAGCUUUCGACUACACGUUAAUCGCCGUUUUUUAUUUAUUAUUAGCCUUGACAGGUAUUUUUGCCUUUCAGCAUUUGGAUGAUCUUUAUACUUUGGACUUUGGACCACGUGGUUCUGGUGAUUGUUCCAAAAGUAACAAUUUUUUAAUGCUCCUUAUAGAAUAUUUCUUGGCGCUUUUCCCGGUAUUUACUUUGAGUACCAGUUUUCCUAUUAUAGCGAUUACCCUUCGAAAUAAUUUGCAGUCGCUCUUUUUAAAUGAGGAUACGACUUACAAUUUAUGUCUUCGAAAACUCGUCUUCCCUAUUUUAGCAGUAAUACCGCCGUAUUUGAUCGCGAUGAGUACCAAAGAUUUGUCCAUACUAGUUGGUAUCACAGGAUCGUAUGCUGGAGCAGGGAUUCAAUAUUUAAUACCUACGUUCCUGGUUUAUUGUGCCAGGCAAAGGACUAAUAAGGUCAUCGGUCUUGGCGUGGUUAAUAAUUUCGCAAGUCCUUUUUCGGGCAAGUGUUGGCUGAUUUUCGUCGUAGUAUGGGCGAUCGCGUGUAUGAUUUUAGUAUCUGUCAAUUUAAUACAAAUACAUUUGCCAUCCUCUUGGCUUAGUCAAUAAUAAAAUAAUGUUACAUUUAUAUUAUUGAAUCAAAAGAAGGAGCUUGUGUAAACUCGAUUACAAAAAAAAUUCAGAUAGAUGUCGACGAAAGUGUUACAUAUUCUGAAUGAUACAUUUCACACAUGUCCAUAUACAGAAAUAUGUUGCGCAGAGUCAGUCGACAGUUUUAAUUGAUAUUCUAUAAACAUUCAAUACAAAUUGAACUGAUGGCGACUAAAGUGAGAGGACAAAGAGAUUAAUAGUGAUGGCUGAUGUAUGGAUGUUUGAUGAAAUUUUAGAUCUGUAUCAGACUUGAUCGCGUUAUUUGUGGCAGUAUGUUCACCACAUGCAUGUGGUGAACCGACAAUACUUUAGCACAAGUCGGCAUGUACAACUGUGAACUAUCGGAUAAGUUUAACAUAGGGAUAUAAUGUCUGUGGAAAAAGAGUGCUCGCGCGUUCUCUUUAUAUGUAUAUACUUUACUUUUGUAGAGUUGUCCCAGAACUGAGAAGUGCGGUGAUUUUGUUAUCCUAAAGAGAUUCUAACAAUGUGUUAUUGUACUUGUAUUUUUUUUAUACAGUGAAAUAAUUUCUCCAUUUUGCAUAGUUAUAGUGAAGUAAUAUUAACGAGAGGUAAUAUAAUAGUAACAAUAGCGAAUGUAUAAUGUUAUGUUCUUUUUGAGAUCGUAUUUUUGUAUAAGAUAUGUAUAAAACUGCCAAAAAAUCUAUUCGCAGCAUGUCCGUCACAUCUGUGUACCUGUGCCAGUGUAGCGUGCAAUGAAAAAUUGUUGCGAGUAUAUAAUAUAUAUAUAUAUAUAUUUUUCCAAAAGCGAUUGAGCAAUGGAUAAUAAUAAUAAACAGUUGAUUAUACAAGCUUCUUGCCGAUUUAUUCAAACCGGUAUAUGUACACACAUAAUUCUGCCUUCUUAUAUUUAUUUCGAAUCGAGAUCUCUGCAUGAGGCAGAUCUUAACACAGAUAGAUUUCUCUUCAAGAUUCCAACGAUAGAAGAUAGCACGAUAAAAGCGAUAAAAGCUAUUUUCGAUAAAAUUUGAUGUCCCUGAUUACAUGAAUUAGCGUGGAAUGUGUUUACAAUCGCCUUUUUUUGCAUAUAGGCACAGUAUUUGUAAGAUUUUGAAUAACCAGCUUUUUGUGUCUUUACAUACAUUCGAAACGGAUCGUAAUAAUAAAAGAAAAAAUAAAUAAGUAAUUAAAAUUACAAUUAUUCGGUGAGAAAAUUUAGCUUAGUCCGACAAUCUUUUUUCUUUUCUUCUUAAACGAAUUCCCUUAAAACAAGAAUAAACAUUCGUGCAACACUGGUAUGAUUAGCAAAAAAUUAAUAUCUAACUAUAUCAAUAAUAGAAACGAGAUUUCGGCACGUCGCAGCGUUUCAAGCUUAAAGUAAAAGUUCAACGCUGUUCUACAAAUUCUACAUAUGCGAAAAGUAGCAAUAUAUGAGACUGUCAUAUAUAUAUGUAUAUAUAUAUGAACGUAAGUGAACACUUCGGAGUGAAUAGACACUGUUAAUUUAUACUUAAGAUACACCCGCGCACAAAAUUCGGGUAUAUAUAUAUAUAUUUUUAUAAAUAAUAAAUAGCCACUUUUUUCGCACUGA